UGAGCUUUGACCAGAUGGCAGUAACAUUUGAAGAUGUGACUGUUAUUUUUACUUGGGAGGAGUGGAAAUUCCUGAGUUCUUCUCAAAAGAAGCUCUACAGGGAGGUCAUGUGGGAAAACUACACAAAUGUCAUGUCACUAGGAAAGAGGGAUGAGAGCUACAAACUCCAAGAAGAAAGAUUCAGACAAUUAGAACAUGACAAUCUUUCCUACUGGCAAGGCUGGAGGAAUGCCAGCACCCAGAUCCAUGAAAAUCAGAAUUAUGUGGAAACUGUUCAAAAGGUAGAUUCCAAGGACCUAAUACAGCAAGACCUUUCCCGCUGUCGAGAAUGGUUCAUAAUCUCUACACAAGUACCAAGAUGUAAGAACUAUGAACUGACUUUUGAAGGCAAAAAUUUCAGGAGCUUUAAAUAUAAGAAGUUUAUACCUUGGCAGUCCCUAGAAACAGAACACACUCAAGAUUAUGGAAGAGAAAUUUACAUGAGUGAGUUACUUGGUUUUCAAGGCAACAGCUACCAUCUUUCCAUAUCCAGGAAAAAUCUCUCUGUGGAAAAAGAACAGAAGCUCAUUGUUCAUCAUUCAUACGUCCCUAUAGGAAAAGCCCUUCCAGAGUUCAUUGGUGAGAUAUGCCAAAAUGACCUGCUGAAAGACUCUAUGGAAGAGAGAUACUGUGGAUGUAGUAAAUGUAAAGAAAUUUAUUGCUGGAACUCACAGUGUGUUCUCCACAACAGAAAUCUAUUUGGAGAAAAGCUCUAUCAAUGUUCCAUCAGCACAGCAUGCUUUUCUCAGAGAUCAGACUUGUAUAGACAUCCAAAAUUCCACAUAAGUAAACAUCUGUAUGGAUGUGAUGAAGUUGACAGUCACUUUAGACAGAGCUCAGGUAUUCACUGUCACCAGACAGUGCAUACAGGGAAGGUACCUUAUAUAUGUAAUGUGUGUGGUAAGAGCUUCUGUCAGAUCUCUAGUCUUCACGGUCAUCAAAGAGUCCACGCAGAAGAGAAACUGUGUAAAUUUGAGUGUGGUAAGGAUCUGAGUAGAAAUUCAUUACUUCACAUUCACCAGAGAUUUCACAUAGGAGAUAAACCUUUUAAGUGUGAUCAGUGUGGUAAGAGUUUCAGUCGGAGUUCAGUGCUUCAUGUUCAUCAGAGAGUCCACACAGGAGAGAAACCAUAUAAGUGUGAUGAAUGUGGUAAGGGCUUCAGUCAGAGUUCAAAUCUUCGAAUUCAUCAGUUAGUUCACACAGGAGAGAAGUCCUAUAAAUGUGACGACUGUGGUAAGGGUUUUACCCAGCGCUCAAAUCUUCAAAUUCAUCAGAGAGUGCAUACAGGAGAGAAGCCAUAUAAAUGUGAUGACUGUGGAAAGGACUUCAGUCACAGCUCAGAUCUUCGUAUUCAUCAGAGGGUCCAUACAGGGGAAAAACCCUAUAUUUGUCAUGAAUGUGGUAAGGGCUUCAGCAAGAGUUCAAAGCUUCACACUCAUCAAAGAGUACAUACUGGAGAGAAGCCCUAUAAAUGUGAACAGUGUGGUAAGGGAUUCAGUCAGCGUUCACAUCUUCUCAUUCAUCAGAGAGUCCACACAGGAGAAAAACCCUAUAAAUGUGAUGAUUGUGGAAAGGGCUUUAGUCACAGUUCAAAUCUUCACAUUCAUCAGAGAGUCCAUACAGGAGAGAAGCCUUAUCAAUGUGCUAAGUGUGGUAAGGGUUUCAGUCACAGCUCAGCUCUUCGAAUUCAUCAGAGAGUCCACACAGGAGAGAAGCCUCAUAAAUACCAUGAGUACUAUAAGAAAUGUGAUCAAAAUUCACAUCUUCACAAUCAUCACAGAAUAGAAACCUUGUAA